CGCAAAAUGACGGCAAAGCCGAACCAUAGCGCGCGCGGUGGGCAUGUGUCAGCCUCUCUCUCUCUCUCCACACACACACACACACACACACACACACAUUGAGAGAAGAGAAGCAGCAACAGCAGGAGUCUGUUGUGGAAGAGGCUGUCGACUGAAGAUCUCGUCUGGGAUUUUGCUGUUGUAAUGCUAAUGGACAUCUCUGAUUUACAACAUCCCAUUUGAUCCCUUUAAAUCUGAACCACUCCCAGCAGCCCAUUCUCCUCUAAAGCGAAUCAGACAUAGAGAUGUCUCUCUGUAGAGAACUUUACGUCGAACUGACAGAUAUGUUUUAAGACAUCCCACAUCCUUUGCCAUACGCAGAAACAACACAAGGUCACAUUAAAAAUAGACUCCCUGCAUGGGAGAGUCCUGCUUCGAUCAAACUGAGGCUUUUAAAGAUCAGCCCAUUGGCACUGCCGUCUCCCAUCUCCGGCUGACCCUCCGCACUCGACUCUCUGUCAGGAUGAGUGACUCACAGGAAGCCACGUCCCCGGUGGCUGGCAUAGGAGGCCCUGCCGCUUGCGUUUCCAAGGUGGAGCUGCGUGUUUCCUGCAAGUCCCUGUUGGACCGAGACACGCUCAAUAAGUCUGACCCCUGCGUCAUCCUCAUGGUACAGAACCAAGGUCAAUGGACUGAACUGGACCGUACUGAGGUGAUCAAGAGUAACCUGAAUCCGGUCUUUGCCAAAGUCUUAAUGCUGGACUACUACUUUGAGGAAGUACAGAAACUACGCUUUGAAGUCUACGACAUUCACGGAACCCACAGUAUUGGGACGCGAGACGACGACUUCCUCGGUGGUGUGGAGUGCACGCUUGGACAGAUAGUGGCCCAAAAAAAGAUGGUGAAACCUCUGUUGCUGAAAUAUGGAAAAUAUGCUGGAAAAUCCACUAUCACAAUUCACGCAGAAGAGAUUUCUGGGAACAAUGGCUAUGUUGAGCUUUCCUUCUGUGCCAAGAAGUUAGAUGAUAAGGAUCUCUUCAGCAAGUCAGAUCCAUUCUUGGAGAUUUACCGGAUCAAUGAUGAUGGAACAGAACAGCUUGUACACAGAACUGAAGUGAUUAAAAACAAUCUGAACCCUGUGUGGGAACCCUUUAAGGUGUCUCUCAUUUCUCUGUGCAGCUGUGACGAUGAAAGAAAAUUGAAGUGCUUAGUCUGGGACUAUGACUCAAGGGGAAAGCACGACUUCAUAGGCGAAUUCUACACCAAUUUCAAAGAAAUGCAGAAGAUUUCCUCAGGAAACAAGGUCACAUGGGACUGCAUCAAUCCAAAAUACAAACUGAAGAAGAAGAACUACAAGAACUCUGGGUUGGUUAUUCUCAGUGAUCUCAAGCUUCACAGAGUCUAUUCCUUCCUGGACUACAUCAUGGGAGGCUGCCAAAUACACUUCACAGUUGCCAUUGACUUCACGGCGUCCAAUGGGGACCCUCGCAAUAGCUGUUCCCUGCACUACAUCAACCCAUAUCAGCCGAAUGAGUAUCUGAAAGCCUUGAUAGCCGUGGGGGAGAUCUGCCAGGAUUACGACAGUGACAAACGAUUCUCUGCUUUGGGCUUUGGGGCAAGAAUUCCACCUAAUUAUGAGGUGUCUCAUGACUUUGCCAUCAAUUUCAACCCGGAGGAUGAUGAAUGUGAAGAGAUCCAGGGGGUCGUGGAAGCCUACCAAAACUGCCUGCCCAAGAUCCAGCUCUACGGUCCCACUAAUGUGGCUCCCAUCAUCAACAGAAUAGCUAAACAGGCGGCUGGGAAAGAACCCAUCAAAGAUGCUUCUCUGUAUCAUAUCCUGCUGAUCCUCACAGACGGGGUGGUAACAGACAUGGCCGAUACACGGGAGGCCAUUGUUCGGGCCUCCUACCAGCCUAUGUCCAUCAUUAUAGUGGGAGUGGGAAACGCCGACUUCACGGACAUGCAGAUCCUUGAUGGAGAUGACGGAGUCCUUCGCUCACCCAAAGGGGAACCUGUCUUGAGGGACAUCGUCCAGUUUGUGCCCUUCAGAGACUUUAAAACGGCUUCACCAGCUGCCCUGGCAAAGUGUGUCCUAGCGGAGGUGCCUAAACAGGUAGUGGAGUACUUCAGUCACAAGGCCAUACCGCCGAUGAACCCAGUCCUCAAUUCAACCCCCAACUCCAUCGCCAACACACCUGAAUAACACUCCACCCGAGCUCCGGUCCAGCCCGAUGAGAGCUGGGCAGCACACAGUAUACACUGUCAUCCUGACUAUGUUUUGUUCAUUCGUAAGCUGUUCAUACAUGACUGACGGUUUGGAUCUCGGUGUCUGAUCUUGCCCUUGACACCAUGACUGCUCUCCCAGCAUG